AUGGCUGGCUGGUUCAGCUCAGGCUCAACGGCGCUCGACGAGCAGAUCGAGAAGGCCACCUCUUCGAGCCUUGAGGAUAUUGCUACGUCUCUAGAGAUCUCCGACCUGAUCCGGUCGAAAACGGUGCAGCCUAAAGAUGCUAUGCGAUCGUUGAAGAAGCGCUUAGGAAACAAGAAUCCCAACAUCCAGAUCUCAACCCUCAAGCUCAUAGACACGUGCGUCAAGAAUGGCGGCUCACAUUUCCUCACCGAGAUUGCCUCCAAAGAGUUCAUGGACAAUCUGGUCUCCCUUCUCAAAGCAUAUGGUCCUGCCGAAGUCAACGAGGAGGUGAAGCAGAAGAUUCUCGAGCUUAUUCAGACCUGGGCCAGUGCUGUGAAAGGAAGAUACGAGCUGAUCUACAUCAACACUGUCUACGAGACACUUCAACGAGAGAACUACAGAUUCCCACCCAAGGUUGAGAUAUCCAGCAGCAUGGUCGACAGUAGCGCGCCUCCCGAGUGGACCGACAGCGAUGUCUGCAUGCGCUGCCGGACGGCUUUCACCUUCACAAAUCGGAAGCAUCACUGUCGCAACUGCGGAAACGUGUUCGAUCAGCAAUGUUCGACGAAAUCCAUUCCACUGCCACAUCUCGGCAUAUUGACACCAGUCCGCGUCGACGACGGUUGUUACGAGAAGCUGCAGAGGAAAAGCAAAGGAGACGAGCGAAGAGUAUCCUUCGCCACCAAGCCAAGUCCGAUGCAGCCACGAAGCGCCCGAAUCGAACAUAGCUCCUUCGAUCAAGAUCUGAAACGCGCCUUAGAAAUGAGCUUGGAGGAUGCGAAAGGCAUUUCUACCAGCGGCUACGUUCCGCAGGCACAGAUCAAGAAGGAGACCAAACCUAAGACCAAUGGCACAAGUAACGAAGAAGAGGAUGACCCAGAUCUGAAGGCCGCCAUUGCUCUUUCGCUGAAGGAAGCUGAGGAGCAGGCAAAGAAGCAUGCCGCCAAUUUCAAGAAAUCGACCACAAAUGGCACAUCAGCAUCGCAGCCGUUCGUCAUGCCCAAGAACGACUAUGAGCUGUCUCUAGUCGAAGCCGAGAACAUCAACCUCUUCUCAACCCUGGUAGAUCGAUUGCAACAUCAGCCUCCAGGCACAAUCUUGAGAGAACCGCAGAUUCAGGAGCUGUACGAAGGAAUUGGCAAAUUGCGGCCGAAGCUUGCACGAACGCUCGGCGAGACCAUGUCCAAAAGCGACGCGCUGCUGGAUCUUCAUUCCAAGCUAUCAACCGUCGUCAGAUACUAUGACCGCAUGCUCGAAGAUCGACUGAAUAACACAUACAACCAGCGGAAUCCAGCUUAUCCCGGAUAUGGUAUGCCUUCACCAGCCAUUGAGCGCCAUCAGUCGAACAUGUAUCCGUCUAUGCCUCCUGGUCAGGGUGUUCCCUCACAUGCUGCAGGUGGAGCAGAAAACUACUACUUCAGUAAUGCGCCAAGUGACGCGUACGCAGCGCCCCGACAGAAUAUGCCACCUCCGCAACGAGCGUACUCCUACACAAGUCAGACAAUGGACAAGCCUUCAUAUCCAGCAUACCCGGACCCGAACCAGCAGCCUCCACCUAAUCAAUAUGGACCACCAUCUCCGCAACAAUAUCAUCAACAAUCGUCUGCGCAGCAGCCAUAUACACAGCAGCAACCCAACUCAUCACAACCGCCUUCAGCGUACCCAUCACUCCCACCAGUCGCUGAUCAGCCACCGCCUCAACCGUACCAAGCUCCUCAGCAGCAACCCUACGCUCAGCAACCUCCUGAGCACCAGCCAGCAUACUCGCAAGCACAGUAUGCGGCGUACCCUCCACAGCAGACUCAGCAGCAAAUUCAACCCGCUCAGCCAUACGCAGGUUACCAGCAACAGCCACAAGCUCAGUCAUUCCCUGCCGCGCCCUCCCACGUUCCGCAACAAGUAGCACCACCACAGCCAAAGGUCGAGGAGAACCUGAUCGAGCUGUAA